AUGCCUUCAUCACUUGGAGUAUUAAGGUUGGUGACCUUCACUUCCAUUAUUGCUCUAGUACUUCAAACAAUUAUCUUUAACUUUAUAUCAGAUAUUGAUUAUUGUGCCAGAGAAAGGGUAUAUGAUAAAUCAUGGCAUAGACAUAUCUAUCUUAUAGCAUCAACAACCUUUGCAGCUGCAUGCUUCAUCCUAAUAGUCAUGUGGAGACCAUUCAAAUUAACUGUUGGAUUGACUCCAGUACAGCAAUACUUCAGAUCAUGCUUCUAUGCAAUGUAUAUAGUAUUAUGGUAUACGGCCACUUAUUGUGUAUGCGUAUUUGGCAAGGAGAUACUUAAUGAUAAGAUGUGUAAUUCUGAGAAGCAUAACUCGGUCAGUGGUCACUUCCUCUUCCACACAUUCUUUGCCGUAUCAAUACCAUUCCUAUUCUUCUCCAUUGGAAGACUAUCAUACAAAGACUCAUUACUUCACCAACUACAACAACAACAACAACCUCAACCAAAUCAGACCAGUCACCAACUAGAGGCUCAACGUCAAAGGAAUGAGUUUGUUUAUAUUAAGAGCCUGUUUACAUCAAGCAAAUUGGUACCAUUGAUUGUUGUUUGUUAUAUUGCCUACUUGGUAACGUCAGUCAUCAACAUGCAGAUGACCUGGUCACAUGGAUAUCACUCACCAAGACAGAUAUCUUAUGGAUCAAUCCUAUCCCUACUCUCACUCUCAAUCCUCUUGGCCACAACUACACAGGUGAGCCGUAGGUCACUUGGUGUUUUGACAUUGAUGGCGGCGAUGACAGCUCAUUGGAUGCUGUCAAUUGCAUUGAUCUAUUGGUCUGGCUUUCGUUUCCCUUUAUCCAGAACAGGAAUCAUCGUUGGAAUCAUCUUCUACAUCUUCAUGGCUUACUUAGCCCUGAGUCAUCUAGUCAAACUAACUGCGAGCAGUGGUAUCAUGCUGCCACAACCCAGUCAUAGAUCCAGAGUCGACCAAGCAAAGAGGAGGAGAAAGCACAAGAAGGAA